AUGAAACAUAACGAAGAAUAUACGUAUGAAUUAAUUAACAAUGAAAGCGAUGCGCGCAUCUGUGCUCGGUUGAUAGCCGAAGAAUUUGUUCAAUAUAAUCCAAUAGCAGCUUUUGAUGAAAUUUCAGCUGAUGAAUUUUUCAAUGGGCGCUCAUGGCCAAUCAUGAUGGAUUUAUUUGAUGAAAAAUUAUCAUUUCUAGCUAGACAUCGUAUUUCUAAUGAAAUUGUUGGUGCUAUUACAGCUGGCGAUCUAUUUGUACAUAAUCAGAAUCAUCCAUAUGAUGAGUUUGGAAUACCAUCAACUAUACCACAUCAUGAUUUACUUGAAGAACAAGCUAAUCAAUUUAUUAAUUGGGAUUUCAAUCAAAAACUAGUACCUUCUUUAGUAUUACACAUUAGCGUAGGCGCUACACGUGUUCAACAUUCACGUAAAGGGGUAGCAAGUCGAUUACGUCGACUUCUGUGUGAUUAUGCGAGCGAUAUCAAAGGAUUUCGAUAUGCAUUUGUUCAAGUAACAAAUCCAAUAACGAAACAUAUUUAUACAAACAAAAUGGGUGCACAAAUAGUGCGCAUGAUUGAUCCUACGACGUGGUCGUGGAAAAAGAAGAAUACUCAAUUGUUUCCAUAUAAAGAUUAUAAGAAUGGACCUAUAUUCAAUGUUCUCUUGGAGUUGACAAGAAAAGAAAACUUAUAA